AUGGAGUCCCACGAAGAGCUCCUCGACUGGGCCACAAGCCAAGGCGUCAAAAUGACUGGCAUUGCACCAAAACGCAUUCCCGGUCGGGGAAUUGGUCUCCUUGCUACUCGGGCGAUUAAGCCGGAAGAAAUAUUACUGGAAGUGCCCACGGCGUGUCUGCGCAGCAUAGACACAGUCCGUAAACCAAUAGCCCGGCACCUCCCCAAGACCAUCUCGGUCCACGGUCUCCUCGCCGCCGACCUAGCCUUGGACACAUCGUCCAAGUACGCGGUCUGGAACGCCGUGUGCCCGACCCCCGAGGACCUAAUCAGCAUGCCGCUUGUCUGGCCCGAAGAGCUGCGCGCCCUGCUGCCCCGCGCGGCGCGGGACCUGCUCGCGAAGCAGGACGCCAAGUUCGCCAAGGACUGGGCCGCGGUGUCGGCGGCGUUCCCUGCGCAGCAGCUGGGCGAGCCGCGGUACAGGUAUGCGUGGAUGCUGGUCAACACGCGCACCUUCUACUACGUCAACGCGAAGCUGAAGAGGCGCGUCAAGGACGACCACAUGUGUCUCCAGCCCGUCGCCGACUUGUUUAAUCACGGCGACGAGGGCUGCAAUGUGGCGUUCGACCACGAGGGGUUCGCCGUCAAGAGCUUGCGUGCGUAUGCUGAGGGCGAGGAGGUUAAGAUCUGCUACGGGAAGCAUAGUGGGGAUUUCUUGCUCGUCGAGUAUGGGUUUGUGAUGGAUGAUAAUCGUUGGGAUGAGGUUCUUCUUGAUGAUGUGCUUUUGCCGCGGCUGAGCGCUCGGCAGAAAGAGAGGUUGGAGGAGGCUGGGUUCCUGGGGAAGUAUGUCCUGGACCGGGAAACUGUCUGUUAUAGGACACAGGUUGCUGUUAGGUUACUGUGCUGUGGAUUUAGGGAGUGGAAGAGGUUCGUGGAUGGGAUUGAUGAUGGCGAGCACAGCCAGCGAAGGGUGGAUAAGGUGCUUUUGGAUCUAUUACGGGAGCAGGACCAAAUUGCCGAGAAGACAAUAUCUGAGAUCGAGGCGCUGGCUAUCGGUGACCAACAACAAAGGGAGAUAUUAGUGAAGAGGUGGAGACAGAUUCAAGAUUUGGUUCGGACGAAUCUUGCACGUCUUGAGAUGAACAAUAAAUGA